CUUUAGCAGGAAUGGCCAGCUUCUCGGAAGAGUGGGCGGGUUUUUCCUCUUCUGCUCUUCCGUGUUUACCGCCUGUGUGAAAAUCGCACAGACACUCUCAACGUUGCGUGAGCAAAACCAAUUUUUAAAAAAAGUACCUGUUGACUGGUCAUCAUGAUGAGAUGCUGUGGUCUGCUCAGUGUCAACAAGGAGCCAGUUCCUCUGAAGGCCAUUGAAGUACAAGUAGAAGUGAAGGACCACGUGGCCACUGUGGUUUCCACACUGCACUAUGAGAACAAGGAGGACAAAGCCAUAGAGGCCGUUUUUGUCUUCCCUCUGCCUGCCGAUGCUGCCGUCUGCCAUUUUAGUGCCAAGAUUGGACAAACUGAGAUUGUAGCUGAUGUAAAGGAGAAACAGGAAGCUCGAGAGGAGUACGACGAUGCGUUGAGUUCUGGUCAGCAGGCUUUCCUCCUAGAGGAGAGUGAGCAGAGUCCCGACAUUUUUUCUUUGAGUGUGGGAAGUCUCCCUCCAGGAGAGAGCGCCUCCAUCAGGCUGGACUACGUCACUGAGCUGGCUGUGGAGGCCGACGGCGGGUUGAGGUUUUGUCUACCUGUGGUGCUCAACCCUCGCUAUCAACCUCGCGGAAGUGAAGACCGCGGCGUCCAGGUGAUGUCAGUCCCCGCCUCUCAAGUGCCAUACAGUCUGACCUUCGCUGCCAGGUUGUCGUCGCCGCGUCAGGUCUCUAAAGUGGACUCCGCGUGUCCCCUUGAGCCUCUGCAGUAUGUCAACAAGGAGCAAACCCAGGCGGUUGUUCAACUGGCUGCAGGGCACGCAUUUGACAGGGAUAUUGAGCUGUUGAUUUACUACAAAGAUGCCCACCAGCCAGUUGUUGUGGUGGAGGCAGGAAAGGCUUCUGCCGAGCCUGGCACACUUAUGGGGGAUGCGGCAGUGAUGCUGAGCGUUUACCCAGAGUUCUCCCAGGCAGUGAUGUCUUCACUCGCCACAAGGGGAGAGUUUGUGUUCUUACUGGACCGAUCUGGAAGUAUGCAAGGUGCUCGCAUCGGCAGUGCCAGGGAUACUCUGCUGCUCCUUCUGAAAAGCUUGCCAAUGGGCUGCUACUUCAACAUUUACAGUUUUGGUUCCUCCUUUGAACACAUCUUUCCUAAAAGUAUGGAGUACAGUGAGAAGACCUUGGAAAAUGCUCUAAAGAUUGUCAAGGAGAUGCAGGCAAACCUGGGAGGAACAGAGAUACUUCGGCCCCUUGAACACAUUUACAGUCAGCCCUGCAUUCCCAAUCAACCACGACAACUCUUUCUCUUCACUGACGGCGAAGUGGGUAACACCAAAGACGUUACAAGCUUAGUGAAGAAGAAUUCCAGUACCCACAGGUGUUUCUCUUUUGGGAUCGGAGAAGGGGCCAGCACCGCUCUCAUCAAUGGUUUGGCCAAGGAGGGAGGAGGUCACGCUCAAUUCAUCGCAGGCACUGACAGAAUGCAAGCCAAGGUGAUGCAAUCGCUGCAGUUUGCUUUGCAACCGGCUGUGGAGGACAUUUCGGUUACAUGGGAUUUGCCAAAAGGAGUGUCGGUCACACCUCUGUCUCCGCCUCUCACAGCUAUUUUCCAGGGUCAACGCUCUCUCAUUUAUGCGCAGCUUACUGGACAGAGUUCGGAGGAAACAGAUGGUUGCGUAACUGUGAAGUACAGUUUAGCAGGCCAUCCGUUCCAGAACAAGCUUGCCUUCGCUUUCCAUCCCACAGAGGACACUGGAUUAACAAUCCACAGGCUCGGUGCUCGAACUCUGAUUCGUUGUCUGGAGUCCAAGGAACCAGAGAAGGAUGAGGAAGUGAAGAAAAAGGUGGUGAAUGUCAGCGUUCAAUCAGGAGUCAGCAGCUCCUUCACUUCCUUCAUUGCCAUCAACAAAGGCAGCAGCAAGCCCAUACAGGGACCUCUGCUGCAAAGACGUGUUCCAGGGAUCAGGUCUAUUAUGCCAAUGGCAUGUUGUGGUAAGUAGAAUCAUGCAUUUGUUACAGCUACAAUUUAAAUUCCUAAGGAACAUGUUUUUUUUUUUAAUCAACACAGAAGCCUUUGCAUGCACUUCAAGUAUUCAAAUAAAUUAGUGUAAAGUUUGCAUAGAGUAUUAGUCAAAAGUUUGGAAACACCUUCAAAUUUAUACAGUCUCAAAUGAAAAGAGGCAAAGAAAUACAAGCCAUUAACUCUUGAAAAUGCACAGCGGUGCAAUGAAAGUUAUUCCAGAUCAAAAAGCAUCAUCCACAUCAUAAAGCUGACUGAGAAAAGAUGUACAAAGCUGUUAUCGAUGCAUUAAAUUAUAAAUCAUAUUGUGUUUUGUUUUUUCAAAAAGGUUAACAAAUAAUUCCAUUAUUAUUUCUUCAUGAUGUUGAUGACUUAAGUAUUCAUCUAGAAGUUAGGAUUUUUUUUUAAUUAUGAAAAUGCAGAAUGAUUCCAAACUUUUGAUUGGAAAUGUAUUAUGCAAUUGAAAAAAACACCCAUUUCCAAAAUUGAUAUGAGGAUCACUAUUUUUUAUGUUUUUAUCUUUUUAGCUCCAAUGCCGUCUCCAGGGAUGUAUUGUUCUCUUCGGAGUGAACGCAAGUAGCAUCAUGCAAACACGGAUUGGAAAUAAUAUUUACCUAUUGAAUUCUUAAUGAUGGGGUAAUUCAAAAAUUAUAUUGUUGCUAAUUCUCAUGUAAUAUUCAUGUUUUUAUUUCAACCUAAAGAACUUGCACCACCACCAUACAAACAUGGAUUCAAAGGCAAAGGAAUUUCAGCCAAAGGUAAAAGAGAUGAGAAUCAAAAAUAUUUUUCAGAUAUUUUAGCAACUGACUUUUAAAGGAAAAGGAAAGGUUUUAUGUGGCGCUAACAGUAUAGUAUUAUUGCAGUUUUUAAAAGAAUAAUUGAACUGCAAAAUCAUUGAACUACCCAGGAAAAUACUUUUUCCCCUCCAUUCUAUAUCCAACCAGGAACAGGAUUUAUGGGGUUUUCUAAAAUGAAGAAAAGCAGUGCAAAGUGUCGUAUACCAAACAGCCUGGGUGAUGCAGGAGGACCAGAUGUCUUCUCUUCCCAGAAGAUCAAUCCUGGCCCUCCUAUCCAGCCACCCUCAGACACUUUGCUACAGUUGGUGUCCCUCCAGAAAGCGUCGGGCUACUGGGAGCUCAACCCGGCUCUGGCUACUGCAUUGCACAAGACCAGCAAGCAGGUGGAACAGGCCAAGCCGGCAAAUGUGAACGGAAAUGUGUGGGCCACCGUUGUGGCUCUGGUUUGGCUUCAUGGGUUCAAGUCAGAUGCUGAAGUCGAAUGGAAGCUUCUUGCUCGUAAGGCUGUGUCAUGGCUGCUGGCUCAGAAAGUGCCAUGUAUUGCAGAGUGUGUCACGGCUGGAAACACUCUGUUGGGCUGCAACGUCCAAAAAGACAGCCUCGGUCUUUAAAGUCUGCAACACAGUGAAGGACCUUCUGUGGAUUUUUUUUCCCUAUGCUCUGCACUAUUUGGCAUUCUUCCUUAUUUGGUCAUUGAUCAGUCUGCAGCAAGUGACAAUUGUAUUAAUGUUUUCCUAUUGAUAAUGUAGUCAAAACAUUUAAAUCAACAAUAUAUAUGUAAUGAGUUUGAAUAAUAAAGACUUCAGAUG